AUGGCUGCCAGGCCUGAGCAGCCAUCUUGGCCCCUCAGCACUGGCCCUGGGGGUCAGCCUCAGCAGGAAGAGGCAGAGGAGCAGGAGGAAGAGGGAGAGGCCCCGAGGCGGCAGGGGCUGCGGCGGCUGCCCACCCUCAGCCGGGGCACGGUGGCCCUCUGCCUCCUCUACUACCUGCGCCUCCACAAAGCCCGGAGCUCGGCCUUCUGGGAGAUUGUGCGGGUCAAGGCCUUCAGCCCCUGGGAGUGGGUGGAGAACUUCCGCGUCUCCCCCACCACCUUCGACUACCUCUGCUCCCAGCUGCGCCACGCCAUCCAGCGGCGGGACACCAACAUGCGGCGGGCCAUCCCGGCCGACGUGCGCCUGGCCAUGACCCUCUGGCGCCUGGGGGCCUGCACCGAGUACCGGGCGGUGGAGCAGCUCUUCGGCGUCUCGCGCUCCACCGUCUGCAAGAUCCUGCGGGACGUUUGCGAAGCCGUGGUGGCCAUCCUGACACCAGCCUACGUCCGCCCGCCAGACCCUGCAGAAGUGGCGGCCGGCAACGGCUUCCCCUUGCCCCAGCUGGCUGGGGUGCUGGGCUCCCUCCACGUCCCCAUCCGAGCGCCCAACGAGAACGCCCCGGGCUACUACAACCGCCACGGCUGGCAUUCCUUGGUGGUCCAGGCGGCUGUGGACUCCCGCGGCUGCUUCUGGGAUAUCAACGUGGGGUGCCCAGGAAGGGUGACCGACUCUCAGGUGUUGUGCACGUCGGAGCUUUACCAGCGAGCUCAAGAAGGCGAACUCUUCCCAGGCGGAUCGAAAGACGUCCGGGGGGUGCAGGUGCCCGUUUUCUUGCUGGGCAGCUGCUCUUACCCCUUCCUGCCUUGGCUCAUGAGGCCUUAUCGGGAUGAGGCCCUGACUCCCGCCCAGCAGCGGUUCAAUGAAUACGCUGCCGCCGCACGGACGGUGGUGGGGGUGGCCUUUGGGCGCCUGCGAGGGCGCUGGCGAUGCCUCACCAAACGCAAUGACACAGACGUUUCCUUCCUGCCCACCCUCAUCGCCGCCUGCUGCACCCUCCACAACGUCUGUGAGGCACGCGGGGACGUUUUCCAGUCGUGCUGGAUGGAGGAGGAGCAGCAGCAGCAGCGGGAGGAACACCCAUUCGAGGAGGAUGAGGAGGAAGACGUUGAAGCCGUGGAGAUUCGGGACGCCCUGGCCUCUGCCCUGAGGGGUUGA